UUCAUCUGUAAACCGAGUCGCCGCGCUCUUCUCUUUCCCGAGGCUAAUGUCCAGGGAGAGUUCUAGCGAAAUGAUGAAAGGUCGGCAUCAAUUUCGUCGUCGCUUCAGUCUCCAGCCGUCGUCGAUGAAAGAGGGCCAGGAAGAUGGAACGACGAAAAGCUGUAGAAAUGAGAGAUUGUCAGAGUCAGAGAGUGGCGGUGGAAAACAGACGGAUAAUUCCAUACGGCACAAGAUCGUGGUGAUGGGAGCGGCGAAAGUUGGCAAAUCCGCUAUAAUCAACCAGUUUCUCUACCACACGUUUACCCCGAAGUACAAGCGAACGGUGGAAGAGAUGCACCACGGUGAUUUCAACGUUUCCGGCAAACAUCUGACGCUCGACAUCUUGGACACUUCGGGCGCGUACGAGUUUCCGGCCAUGAGAGACCUAUCUAUCAAGUUCGCAGACGCGUUUAUUCUGGUCUACGAUAUUCACGACCCUAACACGUUCGUCGAGGUGCAGACUCUGAGAGCUCAGGUUCUCAGCACGAAGGGCGUUGUUCCGAUCGUCGUCGCCGCCAAUAAAGUCGACUUGCUCGAGUCUGAUUACAAGGUGUUCGAUGCGGACAGGAGAGAAUUGGUGACUAUGAAAUGGAGAAACGGUUACGUGCCGGUGUCAGCGAAGGAGGACCUGAACGUUUCAGAGGUGUUCAAGGAGCUUUUAAUCCAGGCAAAGUUGCAGUACAGCCUAAGCCCUGCAUUGAGACGUCUUCGUCGACAAUCGUUGCCACAGCCGCAGCAUUUGAAUUCCCGCAGCAGCAGCGCUCACGUGCCAUCGCCGGCACAGCUGCAGCAUCUGCGACGGAUCUGCGACCGUUCCGAGUCCAAGAGGAAUUCCUGCAUUCUCUCGUAAACAGUCUGUCGCUACGUUUCUGCUGAUCCAAAAGAGAAAGGGUGAGGGACUCGAAGGGCUAGGGCAAAGCUAUGCCGCGACGAUUCUAUCAGCGAGUUCGUUCGCUGAUCGUCAGAUCGAUCGACAUGUCCUGUCGACACGCUCGGCACUUUGGAUCGAUCGUCGAAUGGCCCAUCGAAGGAAUUAAACGGCUAAAAAUGUCGUAGACGAAAAGGUAAAGGCCAGCUUCGACCGUGGAACGUGGUAAUUUCUUCCUUCUCGAUCCUUGGUAAUUCGAUAUCGUUGAAGCUCCAAGAAGUCAAAAUGGAAUCGUUUCCGAACCGAAGAUCCUCCGUACCAUUUCAAUUUGUAGAAGAACUUUUACCCUGGAGAUAGCCUCUAUUCGAU